AUGAAAGAUUUGGGUUUGCUUAGCUACUUCCUUGGAUUGGAAAUUUCUCAAGAUUCAUCUGGUUACUUUCUUAGGCAGACCAACUAUACUUCUGAUCUCUUGGCUCGUGCUGGCCUUACCGAUUGCAAGACUGCCACUACUUCCGUUGAUUCUCAGACUCGUCUUAUACCUCUUGAAGGUUCCCUAUUGUCUGAUGCCACUUUAUAUUGUCAGCUAGUUGGCAGUCUUGUCUAUCUCACGGUUACUCGUCAAGAUAUUGCUUAUGCUAUUCACAUUGUUAGUCAAUUCAUGGUUGUUUCCCAUUCUCCACACUAUGAUGCUCUAAUUCGCAUUUGCGCUAUCUCAAAGGCACUCUAUUUCAUGGUCUUCAGUAGUCCACCUAGUAUUCUCUACAUCUCCAUACUUUUUCUGAUCAAGAAGCAACCUCUUGUUGCUCGUUCUAGUACUGAGGUUGAGUAUUGGGUUCUUGUUGACACUACUCAAGAGCUUGCGUGGCUUCGUUGGCCUUUUUUUGAUAUGGGAGUUUCUCAUUCUGCUGCCACCAAUCUUUAUUGUAACAACUAG